GCGCACGCGCCCUGGGUAGAAGGAACCUUUCGAGGGGCCAGUGGGGUGAGGUGGCGGUCGCGGGGGUGACGGCAACCAGGUUGGGAACGGCGGCGGCGGGUAAGGCGCCAGAAGCUAGAGAGACCUUGAAUCAUCUUUAAAAACACCUGCACCAGGACAUUGCACCUUUGUGAGUGGGACAUUGAAGAGUCUCUCUGAGUUACCUGGGCAGUCGAGGCUUGACAUUGCACACCAUGUCGGCGUAUUCCAAAAGUUACAAUCCGUUUGAUGAUGAUGCGGAUGAAGAAGACCCGAAGCCAGUGAAGUGGAAGAAUGAGGAGGAUUUCUCCCAGAAGCCCAGGGAGCCUGUGGACAGACAGCAGUACCUGCGGCAGGAAGUGCUGAGGCGGGCUGAGGCGUCCGUGGAGAGCACUAACCGCUCCCUUUCCUCCAUUUAUGAAUCUGAGAAGGUCGGGAUUGCUUCAUCCGAGGAGCUGGUGCGUCAGCGGGGAGUCCUGCAGCGCACAGAACAGAUGGUGGACAAGAUGGAGCAGGACUUAAAGACGAGCCAGCGGCACAUCAGCAGCAUCAAGAGUGUGUUUGGGGGCUUCGUCAACUACUUUAAAUCCAAGCCCGCAGAAGCCACGCCGCCCAACGGCGUGGUGGACUCCCAGCCCAGCACACGACUAAAAGAAGCCAUAGCCACAAGUAAGGAACAAGAGGAGAAUUAUCAGGCCAGCCACCCCAACCUGAGGAGGCUGCAGAGGUCAGAUGUCAUCGUUGAUGGGCCUAGUUCUGCCGCCAGUGCUGAUGCCUAUCCGAAGAAUCAACAUCUCCGAGCCUAUCACCAAAAAAUAGACAGCAAUCUCGAUGAGAUGUCCAAGGGACUUGGCCGCCUCAAGGACAUUGCCUUGGGAAUGCAGACUGAAAUAGAAGAACAAGAUGACAUUCUUGACCGGCUCACAACUAAAGUCGACAAGUUGGACAUAAACAUCAAAAGCACAGACAAAAAAGUCCGGCAGCUUUAGAGACAAAUAAGGUUUUCUGUUCACUUGCCACAGAAUGAUUUUUCUUUCCUUCCCAAGACGUUUUCCAAAACCUUUGGGAGAAUUCCAUUUCACUACUUUAGUAAGUUACUGAUUAAGCCGUGUCUGCAAGUGGUACAACAGUGCGAGUCUUCUGAAAGGUUAUUUAGCUGGGAUGGACAGAAGGGAGGGCAGCACUGAGUGACCAACGCCCCGUAUGCUUUGCUGCAAUGAGAAGAAAGUAGCUCUGGUUCUCAGUUUAAUGAAAAGACAUAAUCAUCCUAGGAAACAUGGAGAGCUUCUCACAAUGCUAUUUGUCAAAAUUGGAGGCCUGCUGCGCUCGCCACCCAGAGGCAUCAGACCUGAGUGGAGUCCCAAGCCCCGUUUGUCAUCCCCCUUCCUGUUGGAAAUAGACUUGCCUCCUCAUCUGGACUUUGCAUCAUCCUGCAGAGAUUGAGGUCCUGAGCUGGGGCCUCUCCCCUUCUGUGCUUAGCUGAUCUGUCCUCUCUGCUCCUCCCAUUGGCCCUUCCUCCCUGAGCAGUGGCGUCCGUGAUCACUGUGGUUCUGAAGACCAUGUGCCUUCUUCCUCAACGCCAGUGACUUUGCCAGUUGAACCAUUCUUUCACAUGCCCUGGCAGUCUUCAAUGACUGCCUGCCCAAAAUAAGCAGACUACCCUCUGUGCCCGAGACUAUCUGGCUGAGGAGUGCUUGGAGCCCUCCAAGAGUCUGUGUGCCAUCUGCAGGCUUUUCCUUUCCCAAGAACUGGACAGAAAACUCUCUUUGUACCAUCUUAUUCCCUCAUCCCUGCACGCUAGCCCUAUUGGAACAAAGUCUUAGGAUGUUAUUGCAUGUUUACACAGUUACAGUGCUCUGACUGAUCCCCUCUUCUCAAUCUCAAUUCAUGCAAUCAGUCUAUAACAAAAAGAAGAUUUGAAAAAAUAUGAUUUGACUCAUAAAGAGACGAGUCCACUGGCAGGAAAAAGGCAGACAAAUCUUGUCCCCAGAUCUCAGCUUCAGCUGGACUUUGUCUGUUCCCCCUUUAAAAGGUCACACUCCACCACAGUCCUCAUCUUGGGUAAGGAUGUGUGCACCAAGACGAGGAGAAUCCAGAAGAAAUCCAAGGUGCCCCCAGGCCAAAUGAGGCCUGGGGCCACCCUGUUGAGGCAGAGAAGUAAGCCUGUCAGUAAUUCGUAUGUCAGUAAUAGUUACGCCUGUUAGUGAGGAUAGACCUGCUGGAUUGGAGCCGGCCCCUUUCUCAUUGAGUCUCUGUUUCUUACAUUCAGUUCCUUGGUAACCUUGCCAUCUUAGGUGAGGAACUGUCUCUCUGUCUCUCUGUUUCUCUCUCUCUCUCCCCUGCCCCACCCUGCCACCUAUCUAGACAUAGAGCAGUUGGGUGUGUAUGUCUCUCUCUGUAUAGAUCUGUAUCUAUAAAGAGACACAGACGCACCUACCCAAUGCUGAAUGACACCAACUAUGUGUACUGGACCCCCUACAAAGAAUCGUGGAUCCAGUGAACUCAGUUCACUUUUUGAGCAUUGAGGGAAAGUGAUUUCUUAAAUAAAAGACACUCAGCUGGGUGAGCACCUGCUUUGUUCCAGGGUAAAACCAAGCAGUAAGUCCCCUUUUAAAGCAGCUUAUUUCUCAGAAGCCUUUUUUGGAGGAUGAAAGUCCGCUCUCAUUAUGAGAUGGAGUGAGAGGAUUUCUUCUGCCCCUGGUGCCUGCUACAUCUUCACGUGCUCUGUGCCUUUCUGGCCUCUGGCAUUUUGAUCUUUGCCACCUUCAGAGAUCGGCCCAGCAGAGAGCUCUCGUGAGCACCUCUGGUGCAGCAGGUCUUGGGUUUUCUCACCAGUGGUGGUGGAAAACCCAGCAGCAUGACAUUCUGGAGAGCUGCUGUUUCCCUAAGCUGCUCAGGGCCUGGGGGCAGCCUCCUGAUGGUGACUGAAGAGAGAAGCCAAGUGAGAAGGGAGUUCAGUCACAUAAGUGAGGUUCCCUAUUGCUUUGCUCCAGGCUGCUAGUAUGGAAGCGCCUCCUCCAGUUAGCUCACUCACUGGUGGUUCCAGCCAGACCAGGGUGGCUGAGCUUGGGGGGGGGGGGUGCGCCAAAGAUUCUAAGACUGCACUCAGACCUGGGUUGAAUUCCCUUCUCCUAAGGUUUGUACCAAUGCCUUUCUUGAGCCUCCUCCACCUCACCUGUUUCUGCCUGCUGGUUUUUCGUAACGAAGGGGAUGGGUCCUUACACCUUGGGCUUGGAAAAGGCAUUUUGAAGGCAGCCAGUCACUCCUGUCUGUCAAGGAACAAAGUGCUAAAAAGCUAACAUAGAUCAUUAAACACAGCCAGUGACGAGUAGACAGCCUAACCCCUCCUGAAGAGUCCUCGAGAAGGUGGACAUCUCCUGGGAUAGACUUUCCAGGUGAUCACCAGUGAAGGUGCCAUUGUGUCUGCCUGAUAGUCAGCAGUGGCCAAAGACAGGCACAGCCAAAGCACAUCCCAGUGCCAGGUGUCAUCCAAUUUGGAAAGAAGCACAAAGGAGGCGCCUGUGAGGCUUCAGAAGCCUUUUCACCUGCUCGCUUUGAUGGAAAUGCAUCCAUAAAUGGUUCUCCUAAUCUCUCCAACAAAGUUGGAGAGGUUUGGCUGUGUCUGAGUCUCAGGAUCAGACCCUGUUUGAGGGCAUGGGGGAAGAAUUGUGGGUGCUGACCGUGGGACCCAGCCACAGGUGUGUUCCUUGUAAGACAUCAGGCAGCUUACGGCGCAGCCAGACAGAAGGAAUUUUCCACAGAGUUAUGCAGGAACACAGACAUCAAGGCAAAAUCACCUUGGCAAACAGCUUCCCCAGGCUUCAUUGCUCAGCCACACACAAGGCUCCUGUGGAUUUCCUGCCCUCCCUUCUUCCAGAAGACAAAGGCUAACCUACCACAACCCAAGGGAGUCAGGCUGUGUUUGCUUCUGUCUCCUGCCACCUUGCCUGAGUUCAAUUGCUGUGCCCCCUUGAUUGUGCUGAGAGGUUGUUGAACAUGGUUUGUCACCUGAGUUAGGGCCCCUCAACAAAAGCGACAAAUGCAGCUCCAGCCUGAAGGGAACCUGACGUCCAUACUGAGCUGGAAACAAACUGCCUUUGCAGAAGUGGCUUAUCUUCUAGAACAAAGUGGCUGUGAACUUUCCUGUCCUUAGGUUGGCUUUGAAAUAUGCUGCCCAACUGAUAUUGACAUUUCUCUUGAAAAAAGACUGCUUUUAACACCCAGCCAGUACAAACCUUUCUGUGCAUCCCCUGGAAAAGAACACUUUGAUUUGAAGGCAAGAAUCUGAAAGAUUCAGAUCAAAAGGCAGACAUUUAAGGACGCAACUAAUCUUCAGUACCUCUCACUUGAUUUUGUUGAUCUGUUAUUUUAAUGGUAAAACCAUACCAAUUUGUUACUAAUCUCACAUUUAACAGAAAUAGAAAUCCUUUCAUGGAGACUUAAAAGCAAAAAGCUUUGUUUUAGCAAUUUCGUCUGUAAAAAUUGAAAUGUUACAUCAUUAAAAAUGCUUGCUCUACAGGAAGGCA